AGACUAUCUCUUCUUUCUCUUUAAAAUAGCGGAGCUCUUUCGGUCCGAUGUUUACAAACAAUAGCAACUGGGGCGCCAGCUGGAAGUCGCGGACGCUUGUUCACAAAUCGAAUGGACAAAGAACUUCACUCUUGUUGCCAUAUAUAAAUAAGUAAAGUUCGGCUAAUCGCCAAAUAGCGCCUAGCUGAAUGAGUGGCGGGGCAUCUUUUGCUGCCGGUAAUUGUUUAUUUAUUGGGUUUGCUUGUCCGAAUUGCGCCGGUCCCAAUAGUCGCCGUGGCUCAACAGCCGGAGUGGGGCAGUAGUUUUUAUAUCGGGAGCGGAGAUGUUUCGAGCACUAACAGAAUGUCGUUAACAUGCCUCGGCUACUUCUCUUUGGUAGACCAUUCUAUUUCGCUGAUCAUCAAGCAGGCUCAGACCAUUGCCAAUCCACUACACGCUAUCGAGCUUAAACUGCUCAUCGAAACAAGACUGCAGGACCUAGCCAAACUAAAGGAGCUGACGUUAAGUGAACGUGCCUCGGACGACACUCUCGAAGAAAUUAUGAGAUUAGAGACAGCGUUACAUCAAGCUUUAGCAAGAUGCCACUUAUUUAUGGAGAACAGGGAAAUGUAUGGCAAAUUUGUAAUUCAUAAGCAUAUGCUCCGCUUCAACGAAACUAUAGUCGAACGAUGGAGCCGCCGGAUUACACGAUUGAGUUAUUUUGCAAUACCAGUUUUGCUGGGCAUCCUUGCCUUCCGAGGACUCCGCACGAUCGGGCCCCAUAUUCGGAGCUUAGAUUUAUAGCUACGUUUAACGUUAAAAUCACUAAGGAAGCGAUCACUCUUUUGAAUGAAAAAAGUUAUCGAUAUUUAUUCAAAGAUGUUGCAUAAUCUUGUUUGUAUUCAUCAAGGUUAGCACACCGUGAGAUUUGCCGAGUAACACCAGUUCAAUUAUCCAUCGCGGUCCUUAUACAAGCUUCAUCCAAACUUAAAACUAAACUUAACAUAAGUUUGGGUGAAGCUUGUCUAAGGACCGCGAUGCAUAAUUGAACUGAUGUUACCCAGUAAAUAUCACGUUAUCAUGUAUCAGUGUCAAAACUGAUAAACGUUUGUUUGUUAACCUCAGUGUUUUAAUAAAGGUAGAGAAAGUGAGAUAAAUUACUUUAUUGUACUUACUUGGAAUGCUCUUUUGAUCCAUUACAGGCCCUUGUGUGGUAAUAGAGCAAUUUAUGAUUUCUAGCCAUAGUUUUUAUAUACAAUUUCUAGCACGUAUUUAAAACCCGUACAGUCUUUAACUGAUAGAUAAGGGU